ACAAUGUUGGUGUAAUAUUGUGUGUAUAUAUAUGUAACUAGUGAUGUAACUAUUCAUUAGUAACAGUGAAUGUUGAAGCAUAUCAACUAUACUGACUAUAUUGUCUCUGAUAAAUCAGAGGGGAAAUUCUUAAACGACAUUGAACACUGCGGACAGAAUGUAAUCAGAUUUCAACUUGUUCCAACCAUAUAUAAACGCUGUUUACUUACCUACCAUAAGCAAAUAGAAAUUAUUUUUAUGCAGCGCAGCAACUUUACUAGUAAAUCUGAAAGUGCAAUGGCGUCCAUAAUAUUGAUCGCUCUGGUCGUGUCGUUUGCCGUGGCGUUCGCUGCAGACAACCCGACCGUAAACUGGUCGUCCGAAGAUGACUCUUUGCCGGAAAUGUUACCGAAGAAAAUGCGAGGACAAUCCGACGAAGAAAUCCAAAAAGCACUGGCCCGGUCGUACGAAACUCUUUUGAAGGUGGUCGCGGAGUACAGCACCCACCUGUUGGACCCACAGGUACCUUAUGGGUAUUUCAAAGACGAAAUGCCUUUUCCCAAUACCAGAUCCUUCAAUGCCGAUUCCGACUUGGCGUUCAUCAACAACAACAUCCGAGGACUGUCCACGUAUGACAAGAACGCAAUCGUUAUCCAAUGGGUCAAAGAUCAGGUCCUGACGGAAGUGGUUUGGAAAGAGACGAACAUCAGAGGAAGAUAUCAGUUCAUCAACUCAACGUACUACAACCAGGGAAAAUAUCAUAUUCAAGUGCAAGACUUGAAGUAUGUGGCAAAUACUCCGUUGGCAGAGAAUACCGCCAAGUGUCCGUCGACGGUGCCCAAAUCGAAUACGAGUGUGUCGCACAAGUCAAUUAAGGCGACGUUCACCGGAGGUCUGCCCGACGUAGCGAAAACCGAAGAUAACUCUCACAUAAAGUAUUACUUAGAAACCGUUGCGUUCCAAGAGAUUGCCGAUCGCGUGGCCAGAGACACGCGCAACAAUAUUACAGUGGCCAUCCGACAGGCCGUAAAGCCUUACAUCACGUUCAAAAACGACACCUCGUCGGACAUCCCCGGAUUCGGCGGUAAGCUGCCGUCGGGAGCGGCGUACACCGUCAGCAACACGGUGGCCGCCGGUUUCGCCAACGCCGAGCACAAGGUGAAAAAAGUCACGGUGAAAAUGGCCACCAACACGGCGACCGUCGAGGUGCGCACCACCGUGCACGGGCUGAACGGCAAAUUCGACGUUAAACUGGAAGAGACCAAGCCGUCGUACACGGGCGCCGCCACGUUCACCGUGUCCCGUGUCGAUAUCAACACGGCGUUCAACGUACUCAAACCGACCGAGUGCAAAAUCGAUUUUGUCGCCAACCAAAUCGCGGUCAAGUCGGCGGCGUCCAAACUGUCGGCGGACGCCGAGAAAUUUGUGGCCAACGCGUUUGGCGAGAACAUCAAAAAUCAUUUGUCUACACUGUUCUGCAAGACCAUCAGCCAAGCCAUCAAAGUCACUAAAUAAGACACUAUACUGUUAUUUCAACAUUAUACACUGUUAUUCAUUUAAAAAAAAAAAAAUCUAUUUCUAAGCAUCCAAUUCCCCCCCAUUUGACUUUUACAUUUUAAUGAUUAAUAUUUCAUAUUAAUAUAUUUUACGUUAAUUGUAUACAAUAUAAUAUAACAUUUUUAUAUAAUACUAUCGUAAUUAUUAUGAUUUACGAAUGUGCCAUUUAAACGAUCUUGUACACGUUUUUAUAAAUUAAUCAAUAAACCAUAAAAUUAUGUUAA